AUGGAUGGGGAGCAUCAACAACAUGGAUACUACCAAUACCCGUCAGUGCCUGGCCAUCCACACCAUGUCGUACAGCAGCAAGUGUCUCCUGCACGCUCGCCGGAGAGUUUUCGACGGUCAACCGCUCAAUCUGUACGCCGAAGCAGAGCACAACCACAAGCACAACCACAAAGUCGAGGAGGCACAUCCCGGCGGAGACUUCAUCGUUCAUCUGGCACCGCAGCGUCACAUCACGACAUACCCUCAUCAACAGAUGCAUUGCAACAGAAUGUAGCACCUCAAUUUCAGCAACGCCCCCUUUCUCCAGAGUCUGUGAGACAUGUGCAAUCACAACAAGUUGGCUAUUCAGCACAACAGCAGCAGCAGUAUGACACGGAUUUUCUUUACGGAUUUGAUCAAUCCGGAACAGCGCAGAUGUCUUAUGGGAUGUCUUUACCAGAGAAUCUUGGCGGUCUAUCCAGUGGUGCUCGAUUUCGUGUUCCACAACAAUAUUUCCCAUCGCCGGACGAUGAUGAGAGUGUUUCCCAAUAUUUAUCUACACAAGAGCAACUUGCGGCGGCGUAUCAUCCACAACAACGAAGUCCCCUGGGUCGACAAAUAGAUACAAGUACGAUGACUAGUUUCAAUCCUACAGGAAGUUUAGGAAGUAUGCGGCAGCAAGCGACGCAGCAGAAUAUGACGAAUUUGGAGGAAGCUUAUAACCAGUAUCGACGAGCACUAAUUACGGUGUUUGGGUCCACACAAAGGGGAAAUUUGAACGAAGCUAGUCGAUUAUUGCUUGAUCUAUCCGCAUGGCUGAUUGAUAAUGCACGGGACCUGGGCCUAUUUCGAGACGAUCCUGAUACGCUCACCAAACAUAGACAAUUGUGGCACGAAUUCAACAUCUGUUGGCUAUCGUUAUGCCAAAAGCAAAAGGAUUUAACAGAGGCAUUAUUACGCAAUAAUGGUCAUCAUCGUCGGCAAUCAUUACAACUACCCCCGACAAUGUUGAGCGCCGAUUCCAUGGAGAAAAUGGGGCAAGAAAUAAUUCGGUUUUGUGAUCUGGUUGAACCGCAUGGAUUGGUGGAUUACCAGAUGGGGAUAUGGGAGGAGGAGAUACUUGACAUACUCGGCCAAUGCCUCGAUUUAAUGGAUUCAUAA